UUUCAAUCCAAAUAAACAGCCUAGCCGUUUCCUCAUGGGUACUUGGUGGGUGUUCGUCGUCACAAUAAUUGCAGCUUAUAGCGGCACUCUGACGUCAUUCAUGACAAACCCUGGAACCCAGGAGCCUGUAGACACUAUUAUAGAAUUGGUUGACGCUAUUCAAGCAGGAGAGUAUUCCUGCGGCACCAUCAAGGACUCUUCUGACCACGAUCUCUUUAAGAAUCCUCAUUCCGAAGCGUUUAGCGUGAUCCUAAAGAGCAUGGAAUCGGAUCCAGACAACUUCGUAAAGAGAGACAAAGAAGGUUUGGCCAAGUGCCUCAAGAAGAAAUAUGCUUACAUUGCAGGUCAGCUGACGGUCGAAGCGGACAUAGAACACGUCAGAAAGUUCCGGUUCGCUAAAGAUAAUUUCCAAAUUUCUGGUUACGGAAUGGCACAGCAAAAAGGAUUUUAUUUUAGGACUGCUUUUGACAAAAUAAUCCUGAGGCUGAGACAGUCUGGACUGGUCGAUAAAUGGAUCCAGGAAGCUUUGGAGAGAGUUCGCAGAAACGACGAUUCGUCUGAAGAAAGUUUGAAACGAUCCCUGAAACUGACCGACCUGCAAGGAGCUUUUUAUGUCUUGUUUAUUGGCCAUGGUUUAAGUCUUGCUGCAUUUUUCACCGAGAAACUACAUCGUCGCUGUCUUAAAAAAAAAAACUUUAAACAUCUAGAAAUGCACAUUUUUGUAGACUGAUCGCCAUAGUGAUCACAGCACGUUUAUUACAGCAGUUUAGUAGCAGGAAUUACAUUUUUCACGGAAAAAACUAAAGCAUAAAAUUUCAGUUGUAGCAAGGCUUAGUGAAUUACAGUAACCAGUUAAUAUUUAUA